AUGAAUGUUCUUAUCUCCAAGGCAGGAUGUCCCGUCCCCCUGCCCCGCACCAUCUGGGACGGCGAGGAGACCAGCUACUGCUUCAAGGAGAAGUCCCGGGGCGUGCUGCGGGAGUGGUACGCGCACAACCCCUACCCCUCGCCCCGCGAGAAAAGGGAGCUGGCCGAGGCCACCGGCCUCACUACCACCCAGGUCAGCAACUGGUUUAAAAACAGGAGGCAGCGGGACCGAGCAGCCGAGGCGAAGGAAAGGGAGAACACUGAAAACAACAACACAUCCACCAACAAACCCAACCAGCUCUCUCCCCUGGAUGGGGGCAAACCGCUUAUGUCCAGCUCCGAAGAAGAAUUCUCCCCCCCACAAAGUCCGGAUCAGAACUCAGUCCUUCUAUUACAGGGAAACCUUAGCCACGCCAGGAGCUCCAACUAUUCCCUGACCGGCUUAACAGCCUCUCAGACCAGCCACAGCCUUCAGGACUCCCUGCUAGGACCCCUCACCUCGAGCUUGGUAGAUCUCGGCUCCUAAAAACAAGGAGACCAAGCAGCCGUGAAAGCAAUGGAAACAGAGGUUUACCGCGGCGAUAGGACACUCGAUUGUAAAUAGAGGACAGGACACAAUUUUACAGCUUAUCCGGCGAUUCUUAACACGACUUUACACUCUUUUUGAAAACGUACCCAAGGAGUUUCCUCUCCUCUCCAACGCGCUUACAGCUUUCCCAUUCUUUUUCUCCAAGUAGCCAAAAACGCAGAAAACGGCUGUUCCUUGUGAUUUUUCCCUCAUGACAACGUUCCUUCGAAUUCAAUUAAAAGCGUUUACCAACAGGAAUUACAAAAUAACUGGAUG